CAGUUUGGUCAUUUAACCAAAAGGAUUCCGUUGACGCUUCACGCUACCUUAUUUUACGAACCUCCUCUCUCUCUCUCUCCCUCUCUAUAUCUCCUCUCACACCCACCAUUUUCAGAUCGAUCGAUCCCCCCUCUCCAACAAGCUUCUCUCUCUCUCAGGGAUCGUCAUCAGAAAAAGGAUGGGGCUCACAUUUACCAAACUCUUCAGCCGGCUUUUUGCCAAGAAAGAGAUGCGCAUAUUGAUGGUGGGUCUCGAUGCAGCUGGUAAGACAACUAUAUUGUACAAGCUCAAGCUCGGGGAGAUUGUGACUACCAUUCCUACCAUUGGUUUUAACGUGGAGACUGUCGAAUACAAAAACAUCAGCUUCACCGUGUGGGAUGUAGGGGGUCAAGACAAGAUCCGUCCACUAUGGAGGCACUACUUUCAGAACACACAGGGUCUUAUCUUUGUGGUUGAUAGCAAUGAUAGGGAUCGAGUUGUUGAGGCAAGAGAUGAGUUGCACAGGAUGUUGAACGAGGAUGAGCUAAGGGAUGCUGUUCUUCUUGUCUUUGCUAACAAACAAGAUCUGCCUAAUGCAAUGAAUGCUGCUGAAAUCACUGAUAAGCUUGGCCUUCACUCUCUCCGACAGCGCCACUGGUACAUCCAGAGCACCUGUGCCACCUCUGGGGAAGGACUUUACGAGGGGCUCGACUGGCUCUCCAACAACAUCGCUAACAAGGCAUGAAGUGAUGAUUGACUUGCUCUUCUCUGAGGUUAUGGAAUUAAGUUUGUUUGUUAAACAGGCAUUUGAUUUGAUAUAUAUAGGACAUCGUGUGAUACAGUGUUUGGUUGGAACUUUGUUGGUAUUUUAAAGAUUUUGAUUCAUAUAAUCUAAAGGAUUCAGAGAUACUAGUGCUCUGCUUGUUUA